GUCGACGCAGUGAGUCAGCAGCACAAGUCUCCCCACAGAGAAAAUUCCACUGCGUUAGGACAAUGCUAGCAGGGGCCCGGCGCUCGGAAAUAGGGCUCAGCAUAAAUGAAAUGGAUCAGAAAAUCCCGCUUGUGCUGAAGUUUGGGAUCCAAUGGUCACAGCUUUCCCCAAAGCCUCGCUGUCAGCUGAGCUAUGCCAGCCCAAAUGCAGGAUGCGGGGAGACAGGCAGGGAAACGGCCCCGGACGACAGGCAGCAGGUGAGAUGCCGAGUGUCUUAAAUAAGAAACGAAUACUCCAAAGGGUAACAAAGCUGUUUAAUUUAGCACGCUCUGUCUCCUCUCCGGGCAAGAUGCAGUUUUGCUCCAAAUACCUUCCGAGUCCCUCUUUUGAAACAGGUUAUUACCUCCAACAUAACUUGCAGGGUAGCAGAAUGCUGUGCUCCAAUCACACGAGCUCCUGGAAGCCAAUGCACGCACACAGAGCAGUCACACAUGCCUUCCCGCUCUCCCCCACCCUCUCCCAAAAAAGCAGGCAUUCCUUCCUUUUACAACUGCUGAAUCAUGGCACAGGCAGGCAGCCCUGAAGCCCAUUGCUGCCUGUGCUGCUUUGUCAUCUGGGGGGGAAAAAAAGAGUCAGUUUAAAAAAAAUGCCAGCUGCUCAAGGCGUAUCCUGCUCUGUGAUUUUUGAGAUGUUUAAACUUAGGUGAAAACAAUGCAAAAUUCACAGAAGACAGAUAGAUGGUCCAGGAAAAAAAGAGGCUAAGAGAAAAAAGAGGACUGAAGGGAACAGAAGGGGCAUGCACAGAGGUUUAAGUGCUCUGGCAGGCAAGCAGGUGGUAUUUUUAGGCCGGGCUAUGAUGUGCCAGGGCAGGGCAGUGGAAGAAAGAGGGAUGGCAGAUACCACACUGCAAAGAUGACAUUGUUGAGAUAUUCAUUGGUUUCCAAUGGUUUUCAUUUAUGUUUGUUCAGGCAUUGAAGCAGAUCUGCCAGUUUCCACCAAUAGGUGCUUGUGGAGCACGCUGUGCUGUUCUCUGAUUUUAGAGGUAAAUCCUGAAAGGCAGAAAGUGGGCAGUGUGGCGAGGCUGGAAAAGCCUGAGGUCCCCCAUCCAGAACAGACAGAACUCAGAGGAAAGAGGAGAAUCCUCUGUUUAUGGGCAAACCACAGCUUUGGGCAACUUUUCUGCCCUGCUACGAGACAGAGAAACCUGCUGCACUUCCAGCUUUUACCUUCUGUUCUGAAUUCCCUCUAACUUUGCUCUCUGAAGAAUUCCUGCUUCCUUAAUUCCCUCCUUGCAUUUCAAGAAUUAGCUGGAGGUCUGCUCAGAUCUCUUUCUCCCCUGGAAAGCGGUAAGAAGUGAGUGGAAAAUCAGGCAGGUCGGGGCUGCGGGACAUCAGUGGGGCUGCGCUGGCAGAUGACAGGCAGCAAAGGCAGAUGACCAGCAGGAGAACACUGACUUUUGCUCUUUCAAACUUUGCACUGCAGGGGGGAAGACAAGCUCACAUCUCUAUGGGGCAACGUCCACGUGCCCUGGUGUGCUUUGAUGGAAACCAUUUCUUUACAAUGACGUCUCUGGAGACCACUCCUGAGAAAGGGGCAGGGAAAGAUGCAUUGACUUUGUCAAAAUAGAGGGGCCCAAGUGUCUGAAGCUAAAAAUAAAGGUCUGCCAUUUUCAAAGGUAAUAAAUGUGAAUGUAGGAAAUGUUAUGAAUUAAUUAUAACAACGGGAGGAGAAGUAGUGAAAGGAAAAUGCAGUAGAGAGCCAGAAGCAGAGCUGUAGCAGAUGGGUGGGAGGAGAUGGGGAGGCACAGAAUGAAGUGGAAAAAGAUAAACAAUCCCUCUGGUAGUGUAAGUGUAGGAGCUGGGAAGUGCCCGUGCAAUGGGAACUUCAUAGAAAACUCCUGGGACCCAGAAGGUCAGAAUUAUGCAAGACAAGAAAACAGGGGCAAGUUUGGUCUGUAUAUAGGUAGCAACCAUGGUUCUGAGGGAACUGAUGGCUCCCUUGGGUUGUGCACAGGUCUGGGAGCUCCCGUAGGUGCUGCACCUGAGCACGGUUUGGUCCUGGCUGUGCCCUUUUCCACCCCUUCUUUCAGAGAGCAAAUUACGUCUGCUCCAAGGUGGCCUUCAGAUGUCUGUGCUCUCCCUGAGGGUGUCACACUGGGGGCCUUUCUCUGUGGGCUUGGCUGGGCACGGGCAGCAGAGUUGGACCUCCUGGGGUUUGGCUGUAGGGUGGGCUGUCAGCUCAAGGCUGAUGUUUGUUUUAUUUAGGAGCGGUUGUUUUGCCAACAAAGCCGUUUGUUUAUUGGAGAACAAAAAUAUUUACCAUUCUCAACCUCAAGUUUCCAAACACCUUCAGUUUUGAUGGUGAUUGAACCCACUUAAAGGAAACCAAAAUUCCAUCACAGGGAAGAAGAAAUCAGUUAAAUGUCAUUUAUUAGUUGGGGAAGUGAGGGGUAGGAAGCCAUUUUCUCCCACUCAGCCAGGCCCCAUGGCCAGGACAGCACUCAGGACGGCCCUCGGCCUCCAGCUCUGCACAAAGAACUGAGCACUGAGGGCCAGCACUGCCCCACGCAGCCCCUUCAAACCCAGGCAGAGCCAACUCUCCAGCAGCCACAUUCCUGGCGUGCCAUGCAGGCAGCACAAGGCCACCUCGCACUGCUGGCCUGCCCUAAUCCUGCCUCACCGAGGUCAACAAACAGGGAAUUAGCAGCACUUAACUCAGUGACCUCCACAAGGCCACGGCUCUCCUGCUCACAGCGCUGCUGGAGCUGCAGGGGAGCAUCUCUGUCGUUUCUGCGGGCCUCUGUCCACGUCUGACCAAAAAAACAUCACCACCCUCUUUAGAGCAGACAGAAAGGCAGGUGUGGCUCCCACUGGCAUCUGAGCUUCAUGCUUAUACGCUCGACUUCCUUGUUGUUUUCACUUCAGUCUCACAUGCGGUUUCAUGCUGAGCCCAUUUCUCUCUGCGCUCCCACACGCUUCUUCCUCCUGCUGUGUGGAUGGAGCAGACACCUGCCCGGCCAAAGGCAAACCCUGCAAAGCCCACGUGGUUUGAUUUCAGUGGAAUUGGUGUGGUUGCCCUUGACAGGAACACACAGAUGGAGGUAAACUUGGAACAACUUGUGACAUGGAAUCUUUGACGCCUGAUUUAAUUGCUGAUGAAGGUUGGUUUGUGCCAAAGUACUUCUCUAUGAAUCACAGUGGCUGAGGUGGGAUGGACGUUUUGUUCAGCUGCCCUGCUGUGGAGCCAGACCUCCUGGUGCACGGCCUGGGUGGACGGCUGAGCUUGGAACCCUUCAAACCAACACCGGAGCUGCGUAAGUCAGCAGUGUGCAGGAGGGACUGCUGGGAAACGAGGGAACCCCCCCUAGGAGCAGCUCGUCCUCCUGCCGUAGGAAGCAGAGCACGUGCCUGCAGGGAUGGCGACAGCACAGCUGCACGUCGACACGGCGGCUGCCGGCAGCCAGUGAGGACUCACGCGCUUACGCACUGCGCGGAGCUUUCCUAACAGCACCGGCCGCGUGCCGCAGAGCAGCGAGGCACGGCGACUUUGCACCUCCCCAAAAUAGCGGCGGGCUCCAUCACGUUCUCCCGGCUGUGGUUCCAGGACAGCACUCUGAAGACCCAUCGCCGCGCUGGUGCGGCUCGAGCUCUGGGACCUGUCCCAGCCUCCGCUCUGAUGGUGUCAGCUCCCUCUCCCGUGCCGCUAUUACUCGGAAAAGAGCUCAGACGCCAGUUGUGUUUUACCGACGAAAAUGACAGCGGGGCUCUCUGCUGCCGCAGCCCUCCGUGCUGCCCCGAGGGCGGAACCGGGCUCCGGACUGCCGGCAUCCGCAGCUCCCCGGCGCCGCCUGGCGGUAGGAAUGCAGCCGGCGCUCCCUCUGCGACCCGAGCGGCUCCCGGCCCUCCGGCAGCGCUGCGACCUCGCAUCUCCGGGGAGCAUCGCUGGAAUUCCCGGAGUUUUCCUUACAAAAAGGCUUCACUCUGCGCAAGGAAACAGCAGAGCCCUUCCCCCAGGCUUACUGCAGAGGUUGGAUCUUGCUGCCACCGCUGUUGAGAUGAAUGGGCAGCGCAAGGAAUUGAUGCUCGCUGCUGUUUCCAAAGUGAAGGAGGGUUUUUUAAAGCAGAGCACGUGAGCAAAGAUGUAAGCGAGAGCGCAGAGAUGGCCCAGGUUCUUCUGGUUUGGGGGAGGAGAGCUGAGCGUGCCCUGCUCUUGCAGGUGGCACUGCCCUGCCUUCAGCAGUGGGAAACUGUUAAUAAUCCUACAGCUGUUCUAAGAGCAUCUCAGGCAAUAGGGUGAGUCACAGGCCGGAGAGCAGCACUGCAGCAGCGUGCACUGAAACAAACAGUGCGGUGUUCUGUGUAGGCUUGGAGGACACAGAAGCUUUCUGACGUAGAAACCGGUGCAGGUGUGGAGGCAGAGACCUCAGAGAGCUGGCUGUUCUCAGAGCAAACAGAGCUCGGGGAAGGAGAGGCCUCGUUGGGUGUGUUGGUGAUAGGGAAAUGAUGUGCCGGGGUCAGGGGGUGUCUGCUUGGCGUGGGAGGGAGAGGGACGGGUAAGGUUACACGAGUGAAACGUGACUACCUUUGCUCUCUUUCUCAGGUCAGAUAGCCUGCAGUUAGAUCUUAUCAGCCGAGAGCUGAAUUAAUCAUGGGCUGAGCGUUAUAACUGAAGGGAAUCGCUCAAACUGUGAGGGCAUGCUGCUACUCAGCUCGGUGCGAACUAAAGAACGAGGAGGAAUGAAAGGCGACCUCUGAUGAAGGCUGUAUUCAGCAUAUUAUCAGUGCCUCAGGGGACGGAAGAACCCAACGGAUCCUCCUUUAAGAACGAAAAGAUGCAGAUGUGAUGCAAGCUCAGCAAAAUCCCCGUGAUAAAUGGAGCCCCUUCCUAAUGGCUUACUUAUUUUAUCACUGGUUGCUGAACCGGUGCCUGCUUUACAGAUCUUCACAGAGUUUUACACACAUAUAUAAUGUACAUAUAUCUGGAUGAUCUGUAUUCGUACAGUGAAAAUCAAUAUGUAAUCAAAAUCUAGUAUUCCUGCAUACAUCUGGUUAAGAGUCCCUGCAUUUAGGGUUUAGAGGGUCACGGGAAGAUGGAAUGGUGAUCAUGAGAGCACUUUGGGAGGAGUUUGAAUUCAUUUUCACUGGAGAAAAAGAAGCAUUCUGCAGGUAACAGCUGGCAGUGUUAACCUAUUGUCAACACUGUCAGAAAUGAGAGGAGAUUUUUCUGUUUGUUUUAGUAAUAACCUAUGCACAGGCCCUGAUAAGUCCUGGACAACAGACAGCACUGUGUGUUCUUGAGCAGCCACUUCCUUCUUUGGCAGAAGUUAACAAUUACAGACCAGUAGUUUCCUAAUAAGACUUCAAACGGCACUCGAAUUAAAGAUAACUCCGUGAGGAUGUUUGGUUGACAGCCAUGGUGGUAUUCAUCUCACAGGGGCUGUGAGCACCCAGAAGCCCUCCGGUCGCUCUCAGUGCAGCCCUGCCCUGCGAAGCCUGGCAGCCACCCCAGCAGACAAUUACCAGUUUGGGGAUGCCAGAGCACUGAAGUCCUGUUUGGCUGCCUCUGCCCAGGCAACAUCCUUAUGGGACUGGAUUGUAUCAGCAAAUGAUGAGCAGGCACAUGGAUUGGCGUUAAUUCUUUUUCAGUGGUACGUAGCUUAGUGAAAGAUCUUCAAAAUUCAGUGUGAGAAACUCCACUGCUCCUCUUGGGCAACUGUAGGGAUGUGGGAUUGAGUUCCCUUAAAAUCCCUUUUCUGUAUAAUCUACUUUUCUUUUUAUUUUCUAGUGCUGUUCCUCCUGCUGCCAAGAGCUCAAUUGUCGCACAGAUACUGGAGAUCUAUUGCCUAUUCAGAAGGCAGAGUGAAUUAUUCUUUGGUAUUUGCAGAACUAUGGCAACAGCCAAAAAUGUAAGAGGUGUAUUCGGGAUGAGAUGACCAAGAGAGUGAACAAAGCAAGCAAGCUGUUACAAGUAAUCUCUGAAACUGCGUGGGACAUCGCAACGUCUGGGAUGUCUGCUGGCACUGCAGAAAAGGACCGGAUUGCGAUGGGAGCUUCCCAGUACAGAGAGCUGAGCUCCUGUGUGCUGUGUCUGGUCCUGCUUUGCCACGCUGGACCCAGAUGAAAGCUGCUCCCAUCACACAGCAGAUGAAUACCAACUUGCGGGCACAGCGAGGACACCACCAGGACAAAGCACAGAGCUCCUGGGCAGCGUCCCAGCUCUGAGCAGUGUGCAGCAGGCAGGUGGCUGCUGAGAAGUGGGAUUCCUUAGGUGUGGUGCAGCCGCAUCCACGUGCUGGCACUGCCCAUCCUGCUUGUUGACAUUGCAUGCACAAAUCACAGGUGUGACAUCCGUAUGUUUCCUAAACAAUGUGUUGAAAGCAUGGUGGCUCGGGAAGGAUUUGUACAGCAGAGAGCAAGUUCAAAUUAAACAUCUUUUCCUAGAGUGGCACAGUGAUGUUCAUUAGCAGAGGGGAAGUGACAGUGGUGGUUCUCAGAAUCAGAUCUGCCCACCAAAUCCACUGUGGGCAGCAGCCUAUGGCAGAGAGCAGAGCUGGAUGCCCUGCAGUACAGCAGCACUGCCGUGCAGCCUGCGUGUGGCUGAAGGUGAGGAUGUGCAGGCAGGUUUGGUACUUUGCACUGUUUCUGGCUGUUCUAUUCUGAUACACACCCCAAAAACAAACCCAGCUGUUUUUAAAGCAGUUCCUGUCUCAGAGUGUGACUGGCCAUUGAGGGGCAGCUCCUCACCUUUUGCAAAAGCUCCUGGUGCCCAAAGGCCCGUUAGCUGCUUCUCAAAUGCCUCUGGGAAGGGCACAGUUUCCUAACUCACCCCUCUGUCCCGAAAUGCAGCUGCUGUGAGGCAGCGCCCUGAGCUGGAGGGCAUGAGGUGGUGUGGGGGACCUGCAGCAGAUGCUGGAAGGAGGAGCAGUGCUGGAGCUGGUCCUUGCAGCUCUGCUUUGCAAGACUGGAGUGGGACAGAAAGGCUCAGAAGCCUGCACUGCUGAUAUUACGGUGGGAUGUGGGCUGCCAUGGGGACAGCCUGGUGGUGGCACUCAGGGCCUGCCCUGGGCUCGUGGCGUGCACUGCUGCCUGCUGUACUUGGGUCAGCUCGGCCUCAGCCAGGCUUGGCUGAGCAAAGGCAGCUGAACAAAGGAGUCACAACUGCUAACCAGAAACUAAUUCCCUCUCGGCUCACACCUCGUCUGACUGCAGCCUGCUCCCCAGGGCCCUUCUAGCAGGCACAGGAGGUGCCACGCUGUCACCUUCAGUGCCUUUCCCUGCAGGAAGCAGCUGUCCAUCCUGCUCAUGCCACGUUCCAUGUCCCAGGUCCCCCACAGCCACCUCCGCUGCCCUCAGGCCCCCUCCGUCCCCUCAGCCCCUCACUGACCCCCCUGACCCACACGUACCAGGCAGUGAGUGCUGUGCUCCCUCGCCCUGUAAUUCAGGACAGACAAACCACCCUGCUUACAGCCUUUGAAGUUUUUCCAUGUGGCCUGAAGGGAGCCCUGCCAUUUCUUUUCCACAUCGCUAUAGGAUAACAAUAAGUGUGUGUCCCUCCACUGGAGGAAAUCCUUCCCAUCCCUGCCUUCUGCAGUAUCACUCCCAUGAUAGGCUCUUGCUCGCACCGCCAGAAGCAGAGCUGCCCUUUUGCUAUUGUUCUUUUUUGCUCCAAUGCUUUUUCUGCCUUUUGAUGCUGAGUAAGGUGAGUAAGGGCAGCACUUUAGCACUGCUUGUGUAUGGAUAUGCCCUCUGGCCAGAUCUAAUAUUCAUACAGAUGAAGAUCACCGAAUGUCUUUAGAAUAAAGAAUUCCUAAAAAAUAUACUUUCCAAAUUAUCCCUGAUAAAAUGAGUAUCCCAUACUCAUUCCUACAGUUUCCCAAAGGCUUUACAGUGAAGCUUCCUCCUAUUGCUGAUGAAGCACUUUGUCCCUCCUGACAUGAAGAUCACUGUCAUUAGGACUGCUGGGACGUGGUUAAAGCCUCCCCCAGAAGACUGAUUUUGCCCUCAAAAGUUGUUGCAAAAUGCCCAGGCUGGGUACAGGUCAAAGUGGUAUCUGAGCCUCCGGGGAGCCUUGGUGACAUUUGCAGAGCAGAAAUUGCAGCCAUCCCUGCUCCUUAGGAUUGGCUGAGCUUGGCCAAUGCUGUGUUAUCAAGGGACAAAAUUAUGAAUUACUGUCUUCGUGUCAUACAUUUUCUUCCUGCACUUCCUUUUGCAGCUGCAAACGCCAGGAAUUCUGAGGACAUCUCAAGAGCUGCUGAUCACAGAUAGGAGCUGCUGGUUGGUUGCCCCCCUCCCAGCCUGAGGGGCCCUCAGCUGACUGCACCAAGGCCCGGGGACUCAUCUUUUGAACCCCAAGGCCUCUUUUUUUCUUUAUGGGUAGGGCUUUUGUUUGUUUGCUUGUUUUCCUGUGGGGCUUUGAAUACAUUUCAACUGAAAACUUUUUUUUUUUUUAAACAUGUGGCUUUCAAUCCUUUUGAACUAAAAUUGCUCUCCACGUGGCUGCUAGAAAGGCACUGAUUGUUCCCACAUGCAGUUCAACCCUCUCAAGUUUGGAUGUACUCAGCAGCUGCAGAAGAAAUAGAAAGGAACAGAAAGGAAGCACCAGUGCUAGCUACGUUAGAAAACACUUCUGUGUUCCUGUGAUUUUUGGAACGUCAAGGAGCCACUGUGCUCCACAGCUGAAGGGUGAGUUGCUCAGAAGCAAAUUGUUUCCUUUUCCGCUAACAGAGCUCUUGGUCUGUCGCAGUUUCAUGGAAUGCAUAUCUUGCUGUGUGUGACGUCGCUGGGCUCUGCUGGUUUCUCCUCGCCCCACCGCUGCCAGGGAAAAACAGGGCAAGCCCGUGUUGCCCGCACCACUUCCAACCAACGCGUCAGCAAGGACUGGACCUGGCCAGAGGAGCUCCUGCUUGGGAAAUCAGGUUUUAUAGUGUCGCUAUGUUGGAGCAGAUCCAUCUGCUGGCUGCCGUGACGGUUCUUGGGGUCCUGGAGCAAGCCUACUUCUUCCUCCAGGUGAUCCACGCCAGGCGCAAGUUUGGCAUUUCUCCUCCCAACAUCUCAGGCCCACCUGAAUUUGAGCGGAUCUUUCGAGCACAGGUGAACUCCUCAGAGUAUUUUCCCAUUUUUGUGGCACUCCUGUGGCAGGCCGGACUCUUCUUCCACCAAGGUCUGGCUGCAGCCCUGGGCCUGCUCUAUCUCUACUCCCGCUACUGCUACUUUAUGGGAUACAGAGCAUCAUCUUCGGACAGGCUCACCCCCAUCUACUUUAGCACCGGUGUUCUCUGGGUGCUCAUCGCAGCAGCGACCCUGGGCCUCCUGCAUUUCUUCCUCUCUCACUAUGUGGGGCUGAAUGUCCUCCGGCUGAUUGCAGCAUGAUGCUCCUGGCUGUCACUGGCAUCACCACUUUGUAUCUGCCCCCCAGCUACAAGCCCACCUCACCGUGCUUCCAAUACCUGUGGAACCGGCAGGGCCGCAGGGCCAGCACUCCGUGCCUAGCUGCUCUAUAUGGCUGAUGGCUGAAUCUUCUCCAAAGCAAGGAGAAUUUUUGGAAAACAGGACGUGGAGAAGUAAGCACUUCUCAGCCCCUGCAUCCAGCCCAGGUACUGUGGGGUCAGUCCAGCCUCCCACGGUGCACAGCCAGGAAGGGAAUUUCUGAGGAAGCACCCACGGGCCAGGGCAGGGCAGAGGCAAGGGGUGACCCGGAGCAGGUCUCAGCACACUGCUGGCUGUGCUGUGCCAGUGCUGCUGCACACAACACGCACAGGAGCUGCUGCCAAUAAAAGGACGCUGAGCUUGCUGA